AUGGGCUUUAGCUCGACGACCAUGAACGGCCUCAUCGGCAUGGGCUUUCCCGCUCUCGCCGCAGGUCGUGUGCCGACCUUCCUCGAGACGCUGGCGGCCUCGCACGCGCUCGACGCCAACUCGUUUGCGUUUUACAUCUCAAGCGAGGGCACCCAAGGCGAGCUGACUCUCGGCGGCGUCAACAACGCCCUCUUUGUUGCGCCGCUCUUCUACGUCCCACUAGAGGCGCAAACAUACUGGCAGAUUGCCGUCGACUCGUUUGCCAUCAUCUCCGCCACCGGCACGUCGACCGUCUACACCACCGGGAAGACGUCAGCCAUCGUCGACUCGGGCACCUCGAUGCUCCUUGUCCCCUAUGACAUUGGCGGCCACAUUGUGGCGGCCAUCGGGUACAUCGACGCAAACUGCUCGCGCAUUGACUACGCGAGCAAGCCGGACCUUGUCUUUACCCUCGGCGGCCACUCGUUCGCCCUGAGUCCGCACGACUACAUCGUCCAAGUCAAUGGCGAGUGCCAGCGCGGCAUCGACGGCCAGGCCCCCGGCAUGGCCAUCGACUGGACCCUGGGCUGCACUUUUAUGCGUGCCUUUUACACCCAGUUUGAUGUCGAUGGCGCCCGCGUUGGCUUUGCCCGCGCCAAGUCACCGGCCUGA